UUCUGCUCUACACGAUUGUGUUUAAGGUUUGCGAAUGUCGGUUUCGGUUCGCGAGAAAAUGACCUUCCAAGGUUUGUUUACAAAAUGGAGUUGAGGCUUUUCAAUUGUUGGCCUUGAAAGGAUGAUUAAGUGAUCAAAGCAGCCUAUGCAACGGAAUUCUUCUGACACAAAAUGGCACCUCGAACGCAUCGAUCCAUUGUUCACCGACCAGUGGAUAAAAUUUCCCAACUUCUAGCCCAUCAUGGCUCGAAAGCCAUCAACCACCAGUACGACUCUUCGUAUCAAUGCUCGUUCCAGCCGGCCGACCAAGAAGUAUAUUUGUCCGGUCACAUCCAUCCCAUCAUCAAUGGAUACUACACCCAGGUGAAAAAUAUCAUCGAACAGAACCCGGACGAGGAACCGAUUGAAUUACUUGGUCGAAGCGAUCGCAAGGAAUCUGCUACUGGCGGGCAGCGCAAUUUGGAAUCCGUUAGAAAUUUGAGCGAAACAAAACGAUUGACGCACGGGAUCGUUACUGCCUCCGAUAUGGAUAUGCGGAAGAUCAUGUAUCCUGCUUGUGAAGAGGAAGGGGAGCAAGAUCGAGAAUCAAAGGACCAAGAAGUGGAAUCGUUGAAGCUGCGGACCCAUGGUACUAAAUCGAAUAGUGAUCCUACUGGCGGACGAACCUGGAAGGCAUUGAAAUACGAGGCCUGCGCAGCACCGGAAGAAAAGGUUGUCGGAAAUCCUGUGCAGCAGCACAGAAGAUCCUCUGGUAAUGGAUAUUACAAACGAGUCCAGCAUAGACGAGCAAAUUCAAAUUUGAUUGUAAAUCGAGAUCUGGACGUAAAAUUCCUGUCGCUUCAGGAAGCAAUACAUUAUCUGAACAAAGUUAGAUCUGCUCUGAUUAAGAAAGAUAAGUCUGCGAUUGAUAUUUGCAGAAAAACUGAAACGCAAGGAAAUCUGGCCGAAGAUGCGAUACAGAUGUUAAGUUCAGCAGCGACUGUGCAUAUUGAUUAUUCAAAAAUCCGACCGGUAAUCGAUAUUUUAAACCUUGAACAUGUCAAUCUGGAGAACAUUCAAAAGUUGUGGGAUUUGUUCGAUCAUCACGUACCCUUGUCCGGAUACAAAUUCGGCCGUCUGAUCAAGCCUUUCCAGGAGGAUUGCUCGCAAGUUGAUUUCCGCGAAUUGCAACGCGAGCCGGAUAUCAAUCAGAAUCAUCUGAUGGAAAUGCGUUUUAGAUCGGAUAAAUUCAAGGACUACGAUACAGCCGGAGAUCUUAUUUCCCCGAAACCAGGAACAUCAUUCGGACUUGGCCACGUGGACUACUUCCUGCCUAGACGGAGCGAAGAUAUCAAAACUAUCUUUCGAAACUUCGACCUGGAUGAGCGGACGUUUUCGGACGCGUGGAAGAAAGCUAGGAAGCUGGAGACCUGCGAUAUGAACAAAGUGUCGGCUGAGAGUUUCAGGACGAUUCUCAAAAAGAAGGACGUUAAAUUGUUAUAUUAGAGUGGAGGAGUGGGAGUUUCUUUCACAAUAAAUUGGACGGUGGUAUUUUUUAACUUCACUAGUUAUAUAUAAAUAACUUAAAUCUCGCUAUCGUCUACUAAAUCCUAAUAUGUUUUGCUCUGUUUCCUUUGUUUAUAGAAUAUUUCUCAAACAUAAUAUGUUACAA